AUGUCUCCGAAGAGUGGCCUGACGAAAGUGACCCCUUCAAAGGACCUCACAGAUGCACAGUGUCAUGCUACAUUCCAGCGGCUUCAGCGUCGCCUCGCUGCCUUCCGCAACACUGCAGAGCUCCACGCUACAGCAGAGUCGGCGUUCGUAAACACACAGGCCGCGCUUGCAACGAAAGACGCUUUCGUAGAAGCCCUCAACGCUUGGGCGGAGGAGACCCAGAAGAAUCUAUGGCUCGCAUGCCGUGAACCCGGAGGAGGAGAACCCCCCGAAUUCGACCCUCUUUCUGACACUUCCACGGUGGGCCUACCACCACUGCCACCCCCGGAGCACCUUGCGCCUCUCCUGCACACCGUCCUGCUUCUCCACGUCACCUCUAACAAGGAGUACUCCAGUCGCACCCGCACCUUCCUCUUCCUCGUCGGCCCCAUCGACGAAGAAGUCGUUGCAGCGACUCUCAAGAACCCCAAACAAGCGAUCGAAGAGGCCAGCAAGAAGACCGACGCGGCCAAGGAAGAGCAUGCGCGGAGAAGCAAGGUGCUGCGGAUGGUCGGCGUUGGCGUGGGCGCCGUCGCCGGGGGCGUCCUCAUAGGCGUCACCGGCGGGCUUGCUGCGCCUGCCGUAGGCGCGGGCGUUACCUCGGUCUUGGGCUGGCUUGGGGUCGGGGGGACUGCGGUCGGCGUACUGGCAUCCGGCCUCGCGGGGUCGUCCGUCGUGUGCGGGGCGCUGUUUGGCGCGUAUGGGUCGAGGAAGACCGCACAAGUCAUCGGCGCGUACACCAGGGAAGUGCGGGACCUGGCUAUCAAGCCCGUGCGCAAGCCCACGGAGACGAUGGCCGUCAGGUUGUGUGUUACUGGCUGGCUGGAGUCCCCCGAUGAUGUUACGGCUCCUUGGACUGUGUUCGGUGGGGAUGAUACUUUCGCAUUGCAGUGGGAAGUCGAAGCUCUUGAGAACCUGUCUUCUGCAUUGGUAGACCUCAUCAAGGCCCAGGCGAUGUUAUACAUCAAGGGGGCCAUUAUCAAGCAGACCAUCCUCGCCGCCCUCUUCUCCGCCCUCUCACCCAUGGCCUGGAUGAAGAUCACAAAGAUCAUAGACAACCCCUGGGUACAAGCCAAGACCCUCGCCGUCAAGACCGGCAAAGUCCUCGGCACGCUCCUCGCCCAACGCGUCCUCGGGACCCGCCCCAUCACGCUCGUCGGAUACUCCCUCGGCUCCCUCGUCAUCUUCGAGGCGCUCCAGCACCUCGCCUCGCUCCCCCCGUCCCAGACCAUCGGGCUCGUGCAGGACGUGUUUCUCUUCGGCUCGCCCUUGCCCGUGGACCGCGCGCAGUGGGCCGCCGUCCGCCGCGUCGCCGCCGGGCGCGUCGUGAACGCCUACGGGUCGGACGACUACGUGCUCGCGGUGCUCGCGCGCGUGUCGGGGAUGAACUGGGGCGUCGCGGGCCUGCAGCCCGUCGAGGUGCAGGGCGUGGAGAACGUCGCGUGCGACGUGGAUGGGCAUUUGAAGUGGCGUGGCUUGGUUGGGCAGUGUCUCGUGCAGUGCGGGGCGCCAGGCGUGGACAAGGCGGAGGUGGAAAGGCAGCUCGCGCGCAAGGCGGCGGAGAUCGAGAAGGAGGUGGACAUGACCGAGGAGGAGGCGGAGCGGGCUGUUAAGGCCGGGCCAGGCUCAGACGCAGUACCUCCAUAA